AUGUUGUUAGACAGCUUUCAGCAGGAUCAGCAACUGUCCCUUAAGAGCCCCGAAGCUUCAGAAGAAGUGAAUGCAUCUGCAGGCGAAGGCACCGAAUGGAGCCAGGCACCAGAAACAGCAACAGAAACGGCAACAACCACAGCAGUAGCAGAACAAGAAACAGCAGCGGUGACAAACAGCUUCUGCUUCGACGCCUUUCUCGUUUCUCCUUUGACGAGAGCACUUCAGACCGCCAGUCUGUCUUUCCACGACGUGGGCAGUGCUUUAAAAUGCCCGGAAGUCAUAACGGAGCAGCCGCAGCCGCAGCAGCAGCACCAUCACCGGGAGCACCGACACCACCAGGUGACGUGGCUUGUAGAGCCUUUGCUGAGGGAGAAGUUCUCAAAUAUGACAGAUUCAGGCACAGAGGCUGCUGAACUCCGCCAACUUCUGAAACUGCUAUGCGGACGCCACGAGAUGUUUCCGGCGCUCUUCAACUUUGCGUUAAUUCCUGAUGGACAAAAGUGGUGGCUGCCAUACUUAAAGAAAACCUUAAGCACGUUGCAGAAGCAGCUGCGGCGGCGCCUGCGGAAGCAACUGCUGAAGGGGGACGCGCCCGCAGAGGAAGAGGAGGAGGGAAACGGCGACGACAGUGACACGCUUAAGUUGGUGGACUACACCGGCUUAUCUGACAGCGACUCUGGUGAGUCUGUAAUAUAUGAAGCCCCAAUAACCAAAGCUGCUGAAGAGCGGCCAGCAGAAGAGAAACAUGUAUUUGCUGUUGGAGGUGCAGUAGGAGGCCCGCCAUCUCCUGCUGAGAAGUCGGUGCUGCGGACGCUGCAGUGGGCGGGGAAGAGGCUGCAGAGCCCUAAGGCGUUUAAACUGCGGCAAAAGCUGUGGGAUGAUGAUGCUGCUGUUGCUGCAGCUGAAGGAAGGGCUUCCAGCGAAACUUGGAGGCAUGUGGAGGAGCGCGAGCAGCUGCUGCUGCUGUUGCUGUGUUCAACAAAAGCAUCUACUUUCGUCUUUGUUUCUCAUUCAGAUUUCCUCAGGGGCCUAGAUAAACUGGACAGAUUAGGCAAUGCCCAACUGCGGCCGCUGCUGCUUCACUGCAGCCCAAAACCAAAAGUCACCCCCUUGUAG